AGGGCGCGGGCGCGGCAGGAGGUGUGCGGAGCCUGGGUGCGCGGAGAGCGAGGCAGGAGAGCGCGAGCGAGGGAAGCGAGCGCGCCGGCAGCGGUGCGUGCGUUCCGCUGGCGCCACGGGCUCUCCCGCGAAGCCCGAACCGGGCCUGGUGCUGUGCUCGGGGACCGCGCUGCCUCCCCGGAGCCCCGGUGACCGCAGAGACUAGAGAUCGCAGGCAGCCCCCAGCCCGGCAGACGCAGAGCCUGGAAGGAGCCUGAGGAACCGCAGAGUGCGGACCCAGGAACACAGAGCUGGGAAUCCGGAGAGCUGAGCCCCGAGCCCGGGGAGCCCCGGGCGAGCGCGAGCCGAGCUCUCCCAGGGCAGCACGGUCGGCGUCCAGCGCUUCCUGACUGGACGGCGCGCCUCCUCGCCUCUGCACCCUCCCCCGGCUCCUCUUCAUCUGCCCUGCCUGAGGCGCGCCCACCCUUGCCUGGACUUCCAGCCCCAGAGGAGCAGGACAAAGCCGCGGACCCCGCGCCCACCAUGCGCCUCAACAGCUCCGUGCCAGGCAGCGCUGGUGCGCUGGUGGCCGACUUCUUCCAGCAGCCGCAGUCAGAGGUGGAGGCAGCGCUCCUGACCCCGAGCUUGGUCAACGGCUCCGGCAACGUGUCCCAGCGCAGCCUUCCUGCGCCCAGCAGCGACCUGGACGUAAACACCGACAUCUACUCCAAGGUGCUGGUGACCGCAGUGUACCUGGCACUCUUCGUGGUGGGCACCGUGGGCAACUCAGUGACAGCGUUCACACUUGCCCGCAAGAAGUCCCUGCAGAACCUGCAGAGCACGGUGCACUACCACCUGGGCAGCCUGGCGCUGUCGGACCUGCUCAUCCUGCUGCUGGCCAUGCCGGUGGAGCUGUACAACUUCAUCUGGGUGCACCACCCCUGGGCCUUUGGCGAUGCUGUCUGCCGGGGCUACUACUUCCUGAGGGAUGCCUGCACCUAUGCCACCGCUCUCAACGUGGCCAGCCUGAGCGUGGAGCGAUACCUGGCCAUCUGCCACCCCUUCAAGGCCAAGACCCUCAUGUCCCGCAGCCGCACCAAGAAGUUCAUCAGCGCUAUCUGGCUGGCCUCAGGGCUCCUGGCCGUGCCCAUGCUCUUCACCAUGGGCCAGCAGAACCGCAGUGCUGACGGCCAGCACCCCAGAGGCCUGGUGUGCACACCCAUCGUGGACACUGCCACCGUCAAGGUCGUCAUCCAGAUCAACACCUUCAUGUCCUUCGUGUUCCCCAUGGUGGUCAUCUCGGUCCUGAACACCGUCAUCGCCAACAAGCUGACCAUCAUGGUGCGCCAGGCCGCCGAGCAGGGCCGGGUGAGCACGGUGGGCGCCCAGCACAGCACCUUCAGCCUGUCCGUCGAGCCCGGCAGGAUCCAGGCCCUGCGGCACGGCGUCCGGGUCCUACGCGCUGUGGUCAUCGCCUUUGUGGUCUGCUGGCUGCCUUACCACGUGCGGCGCCUCAUGUUCUGCUACAUCUCUGAUGAGCAGUGGACCCCGUUCCUCUACGACUUCUACCACUACUUCUUCAUGCUGACCAACGCACUCUUCUAUGUCAGCUCCACCGUCAACCCCAUCCUCUACAACCUGGUCUCCGCCAACUUCCGUGAGAUCUUCCUGUCCACCCUGGCCUGCCUCUGUCCCACAUGGCGGCGCAGGAGGAAGGGGCCAACCUUCUCCAGGAAGCCCAACAGUGUGUCCAGCAACCACGCCUACUCCAGCAGCGCCACCCGGGAGACACUGUACUAGGGUCCAGCGGGAGCUUCGAGGCCUAAGGAGGCUGGGAGCAGGCGGCAGCCCCACCCAGGGCCUCCAGGGCCCGGGCAGCGGCCAGCUCGCCUGGGCCUGGGCCCAGCACCCUCACCACAGAGGCUUCUUUCCCCAACCCCAUCCCCGCUUCUUCAUCCCCUGCCUUUAAAAGCCAGAUGGAGACUUUGUUCACCUCCCAGAUCCAAAAUCAGCCUUUCACAGGACAGCCAGUGCUCAGUGGGGGGGCAGCUUCUUUGUCUCCAGGUUAAUGGAUGGCCAGAAAGGACAUGAAAGGAGCCCCCGGGCCCGGCCUGGGCAGCUGGGCUGUGUCUCCCCAGGGUGCUUCAGUGCACGCACUAGGUCUCACCACAGGACCCCAGCCACCGCCCACCCCAGGGGUGAACUGCCAGGAGAGGUCACCCAGCCCGGCAUGGGCUCCAUCCUGGCCUCCCUCUGCCUCUGGUUCAGGGUGAGUCCAUUUCAAGGUCCAGUAAGUGCCACAUCCUGGGCCUCACACCCAGACCCUUCCGUGGGGUCAGACCAGCCCCUGAUACUCUUCUUCAGGCCUGGGGACCAUGCUGGGUGUGAGGGGACCCCUCCUACUUGCCCUCACCCUGGUGACCACAGAAGAAGCUCAGGCUCCAACUGAUACGUCCAUAAAGAGCCAGCCUGGACUCUCCAGCCCAGGGCCUCCCCCCCUCCUGCUGGCCUGACCUUUCCCUGGGGGCCCUGCAGGGACAUCCUGCAGGAGGGGCCGAGACCCCACAGGUGCAGAGGGAAUUGCAGAUCGGGGUGUCUGCCUCUCCCCAGGUGUCCUGGUCAUUCAGCGCACUCGGAGCCUCGAGUCUCGGACAAACCCGAGCAGGCUGAGGACCGGCAGGCAGCAGCCUGGGAUGGCUUUGGGGGCAGGGGGUGGCCUAAGCAGUGGGAGGGCAUAGGCCAGGGCUGCUGGGACCAUGUCCUGUGUAAGGUGCCAGGUGCCCAGGGCUGGCUGCAGGUCAGGAGCCCGCUCCAGGCACCCUGCUGGCCAGCAGCCCGAGGCUGAGACACGGUUCAUUUGUCACCAGCCGCCAGGCAGCAGCCCUGGCCCCAGGCUCCGGCGCCUGGAAGAGCCUGCCAGCGGGCGCCUCCCUGGUCCCUAGGAGCUGUCUCCAAACAGGACAGAACCUGCCCAGGCCCCCUGCCGAGAAGGUUCCUGAGCCCUGAGACAGAUCCCAGGAUGAGCUGCCUGGACCAGCAGGUGCAAAGUGCCAGGAAGCAAGACGGAGCCCGUUUAAAAGUAGCUUCUGCCGUCUUGGGUCCCCUUGCCCAGGAGGGGAACAGGUGGAUGGGCAGACAGGCUGCAAAGCAGCACUGUCUUGGGACACAGGGAUCCCGCUGUGGCCACCCGGCUCAGGCCACUCUGCUAUCAACUGGAGUGCUCUUUGGACCCCACGGAAUCCCGCUGUAAGCCCCGUGACCUUUCAGGUCACCAAGGGCAGGCCUAGGCAAGUCAGGCCCAUCUGCUCCUUCACCCCAGUGCCCACCACAAGGUCUGCCCUGCCCGCUCUGGGGUUCUGGGGUCAGGGCAGCACCACCCUAGGCAGUGGUGGGUGAGGCUGGGCGCUGGCACCAGACAUCUGAGCACACUCACACAGUCCACCCAGAGACCCCUCCCGGACUGCAGAUGUUGGCAUGACUCCUCUGAGCCUCAGACUCCCGUCCAGGAGCAGACCUGACCAUCCCACCUCAGACUGCUGGGACUGUCCUGGAGACAGGAGGGACACACCCCUGAGAUAAGGCCCAGUCCACCAGAGCACUGGAGGCGGGUCUGCAUGGAGGGUCUGGGCUGUGACCAGUGUCUGGCCAGGUCAUCAUCUCAGUCCUGAGUGCUGAACGUGGGUGGGCACGUGUCCAUGCAGUGCCACACGCGCCCGUGACACUGAUGGGAUCCCAGCCCUGAGUGCUGUGGGCAUGUCUCCCACAGAGACCAGAGUCCCAUGAGCCCAGUGUUGAUGGCAAAACCCACUGUGUAACUCCAGUGUCCCUCGGAAUGUCCCCACCCCACCACUCUGCAGUUGAAGAAGCCCCCAUAUCUCAAUAAAGGACCCUGUGGACCCCAA